AGAUGUUUCUUUUAUAAUUCGAUUAAAGUAUCACGUGACUUCAAAAGCUGUGAUUUGUAUCAUUUUUAAAUACGUAUUUUGGAUGCGAGUUGGCGCAUUAUUUAUUUAAGAGCGAUGUACCUGCGAAUUAUUGUUUCCCUGUUGGUGAUUGUUCCGUAUGGGGUUGGAAGACACGUGAAACGUGAGGAUAGCUUGUACUGGUCCAGUAUCUAUGUGGAGUCAUCAUCACAGGGACCGUUUGUGAUAGCCGGUAUUCAACCUGAAGGUGAAUUUAUAAUUCUGGAAAAUAUCUCGGAUGAGAGGGAAUAUCUGAAUGGCUGGAAAAUACAACAGAAGAUUGACGGUCGCCUUCGUGAACCAUACAUGUUUGAAUUUUGUUCCAUCGCUCCACAUCAUAAGAGAAAGAUCGUUGCUAACAAAUGGUCCGAAAAUGCUACAGCAACUGAUUUUGUUGCCACUGAUGUAUACACGUGGGGAACCGGAAGUGAAGUCAAAACAUACCUCUAUGAUAAAGAUGAUGACCUGAAGGCUAGUCAUAUUGUUGGCACGGCAACAUCGUGAGUCACAUUCAACACAGUGUUGGUUUUUAUUUAGUUAAAAAAGACAGGAAAUAAAUACUUACGAACAUUGCAAGAAUGACUACUUGUGUAAUCUUAUUUCAUAUAUUAAAUUCUAAUUAAAUAAAUUUAUGUACCUAA